AUGAAGAUUCUCAUUGUUCACAUUCUCCUGUUUAUGGUCACAAGUGGCAAAGUCUAUGAGAAAUGUGAACUAGCCCGGAUUUUGAAGGAUAAGGGAUUAGAUGGAUUUCACAGGCACAGCCUGGCCAACUGGAUCUGCAUGGUUGAUAUUGAAAGUGGAUUCAACACAAAUUUAACAAGACAUUAUCGGAAUCUUGGAAUCAUUACAUCAACUAACUAUGGGAUUUUCCAGAUCAAUAAUAAGGAUUGGUGCGACAAUGGCAUGGCCACAUACAGCUACAAUCUCUGUCAAAUCAGCUGUAACAGUUUGUUGGACGAUGAUAUCACCAAUGAUAUUCAAUGCAUCAAGUCUGUAGUUGUUACCCAGCUUGGAAUGGACAUAUGGUCCCGCCCCCCGCUCACCGACCGGAAGAUCCUGCCCAAGGUGUUCACGGAUGCAAUGUUCCGGAGGGAUGGCUCUUACAUCAGCUUCACUAGGAUGCCCAAAACCAAAACGAGAGAGCCCGAGGAUUUGCUGCCAGUGCUGGUUUUCCCACCCUACUGA